AUGAUAUCAGGUUCAGAUUAUGGUUCCGGGAAUCGUGUACGCUUCAAGGCAGUUGAGGAGGCACGAGAAGAAUUAUCCGGCGCACGACCUCGAGUUAGCUGUGGGAAACCUAAUGUUGAAGCUAAUGCCUUAAGUCAUUGGUCGAUGGGUAACGUAGUGCAUUUAGAGAUAGAGAAAAUGGAGUUAUCUAGAGAGCUUCAUCAUGUGGCUUGUUUGGGGGUUUGGUUAGUAGAUUCUGACGAUGGUGGAGUUUUACUCCAGAACAUUGCAGAAUCAUCUCUCAUAGCUGAAGUAAAGGAAAGGUAUUCAUUACUGGAUCAGAGCGUGCGACGGAUGUCAAAAUCGGUUGGAGGCAGCGGGAAAUUUAAGUAUCCAAUUAGUUUGUUGCAUCUGCCUGGAUAUUUUUCUGUCUGUUUUAGCGACAGUUCUAGCGUAAUUUCUAUAGAUUAUAGUGGAUGGGGAACUUUAACGGGAAAGUCUAUAGAGUUGGUGAAGAUCCUCCAGAAGAGGAAGAUCCACAUAGCUUGUGUCCACGAGACUAGAUGGGUGGGUUUGAAGGCCCGAGAUGCUGAUGGGUUUAAAUUGUGGGUCUCAGGACGCGAGAGAGGUAAGAAUAGGGUAGGUAUCUUGGUUGACAUGGAUCUUAGGGAGCUAGUGUUAGAAGUUAGGUGGUUGAACAACAGGCUGAUGGCUAUUAAGCUGGUUGUGGGAGGGUCUACUUUAAAUGUGAUUAGUGCUUACGCGCCUCAAGUGGGUUUGGACGAGGAGAUUAAGAGGCGCUUCUGGGAAGAAUUUUAUGGGUUGGUACAUGGCAUUCCGCUCAUCGAGAAUUUAUUCAUAGGAGGGGACUUCAAUGGUCAUAUUGGAGCGAUAUCUGGGGGGUAUGACGGCUUGCAUGGUAGCUUUGGCUUUGGAGUUAGGAAUGGAGGAGGUACUUUGUUGUUGGAUUGUACUUUAGCCUUUGAUUUGGUGAUUGCCAACUCGUAUUUUCUAAAAAGGGAGGAGCACUUGCUUACAUUCCGGAGUCGUUGGCCGAGACUCAAAUUGAUUAUCUACUCCUCCGGAAGUACGAUAGGAGUCUCUGCAUGGAUUGCAAGCACAGGAGUUGCGGGGAAAGUUGUUGGCUAUGGGAGUAGUGGGGACGCGAGCUGUAUGUGGACCACGACAGUGAAGUGUAUUAGAGUAGCUGCGAGAGAAGUGUUAGGGGUCUUGAAGGGUUUAUCUGGCAGCCACAAAGGUGACUGGUGGUGGGGUGAGGAGGUACAAGAGAAAGUGGCAGCACGGCAAACGGCGUACUUGACGCUUAUAGAGAGCAUGGAUGAGGAGGCGAAGAGGGUGAACAUGGAGGGGUAUAGGAGGGCUAAGAAGGAGGCAAAGUUAGCGGUUACAACAACUAAGACUACAACAUUUGGGUGUUUGUAUGAAGAGCUUGGGGCCAAAGGCGGGGACAAGAAGUUAUACAGGCUAGCCAAGGUGAGAGAGAUGAAGGCCCGUGAUCUGGAUCAAGUUAAGUGUAUCAAAGAUGAGGAAGGUAGAGUCUUGAUUGAAGAGGCUCAGAUUAGAAAAAGAUGGCAGACAUAUUUCCAUAAACUCCUAAAAGAAGAGGGUGAUAGGGACUUUGUGUUGGGCGACUUGGAGCACUUCGAGAUGCGCAGGGAUUUCAAGUAUUGUAGGCGCAUAAGAGAAUAG